CUCACACAAUAUCUUCCAUCGACUCUAGAUCAUCACCAUCAUAUUACUCAAAACAAGAAUGUCUGUCGCAGAGAUCUUCGAGAGAGUUGACAAAAACAAAGAUGGGAAAAUCUCAUGGGAUGAAUUUUCCGAAGCGAUUCGCGCUUUUUCUCCUUCAAUAACAUCCGAAGAACUUGAUAAGAUGUUCAAAGAGCUUGACGUCGAUGGUGAUAAUCAAAUCGAUGCUGCGGAAUUUGCUUCGUGCUUGAUGCUUGGCGGUGAAGGAGGAAAAGAUGAUGAAGACACUGUUAUGAAAGAAGCUUUUGAUUUGUAUGAUAUUGAUGGUGACGGAAAGAUAUCCGCGAGUGAGAUUCAUGUGGUAUUGAAACGUCUUGGAGAGAAGCAUACAAUGCAAGAAUGCGUUGUGAUGGUUCGAGCCGUUGAUGCAGAUGGUGAUGGCUUUGUGAGUUUUGAAGAGUUUAAGACUAUGAUGAGUUCUAACAACAUCAAAUCACUAUGAUCCUUCUUAGAUUUUUAAUAGUUUAAUUUGUUUUUAUUUUGCUUUUUUCUUUAUGAAGCAAACAAAAUGAAGCAUUAAACAUGGUUUGGAUUU